AAAAGGCAAAAAAAACACCCAGCUUGUUCACGCACGCAAGUCAGUCAAAUCUCACGCUUUUCUGCAUAAAAAAAGAUGGUCUUUUAAGUAACACAGUGCUGAUAUUUCCCCCAGCCAUCACCUGACCCCUCUGGUAUCCCCCAUCCCGUCAUCACCAUGGAGACUGCCAACAACUAUGUGCUGAUCCAUGGGAAGAACAUCUCCCAUAAUACCCUGGCCGGCUCCGCUGCUGGGCCCCACAUGUCAAUCGACAAGCUUUUCCCGGCUUUGCUUGAGUGCUUUGGCAUCAUAUUGUGUGGCUACAUAGCUGGCAGGGCAGAUAUCAUCACAGGGAGCCAGGCUAAGGGUCUGGGGAACUUCGUUUCAAAGUUUGCUCUGCCAGCUCUGCUCUUUAAAAACAUGGUGCUGUUGGACUUUGGAGACGUCAUCUGGGCGUUUCUCUGGAGUGUCCUGGUCGCAAAGGUGACAGUGUUUGUGCUGGUAUGUGUGCUGACGCUGAUGGUGGCCAGUCCAGAAAACAGAUACAGCAAAGCCGGUCUGUACGCCAUCUUUGCUACACAGAGCAAUGACUUUGCUUUGGGAUACCCGAUAGUUGACGCUCUGUACCGGAGCACGUAUCCAGAGUACCUCCAGUACAUCUAUCUAGUUGCUCCAGUCUCCCUCAUGCUCCUCAACCCCAUUGGUUUUGCUCUUUGUGAAGUGCAGAAGUGGAAGCAGGACAGCCAUCCACAGCACAGCACAGCUGGCAUUGUGGGAGUUGUAGUGCUACAGGUGUUGAAAAACCCCAUAGUGUUCAUGGUGAUAGUGGGGAUCAUCUCUCAUUUUGCCCUGGACCAGCAGAUCCCUGCUGUGCUGUCAGAGUUCAUAGAUGGCUUGGCCAACUCUUUUGGAGGGGCAGCCUUGUUUUACUUGGGCCUCAGUAUGGUCGGGCAGCUUGGAAAACUAACCAGAGACACAGGAGUUGCCUUGAUUCUGCUCAUCACAGCCAAACUGCUGGUGAUGCCGUUGGUCUGUAAAGACAUGGUGGAUAUUCUGGACGUAGGAGUAAACAGCACGAAUGCCAACCACACCAGUUUGUCUAACUUUGCUUUCCUAUAUGGAGUCUUCCCAACCGCACCUAGUGUGGCCAUCUAUGCUUCACACUAUAACAUGGAGGUAGAGGUGGUAACAUCAGGGAUGGUGAUCAGUACAUUUCUCUCUGCGCCCAUCAUGUACGUGUCGGCUUGGUUAUUAACAAUCCCUCUGAUGGAUCCAACGCCCCUGGUGACAGAGCUUGAGAACGUUAGCUUCAACAUCAGCAUUGUCAGCCUCAUAGCACUGGUCUGGACCAUAGCGGUGAUGUUGCUCAGCAGGAAGUUUAACAGACUUCCUCACCUCUUUGCCUUAAAUCUUUUCCUGGCUCAGUUCCUGGUGUGUGUCAGUAUGAUCCUGUGGAACUUCUUAGUGAAACAAGAGGAUAAUGUAUUUGGCAAAAUUCUCACCUUCACUCUGCUCUACGGGUCUCUGUACAGCACAUACAUUUGGACAGGUUUAAUACCGCUGUGUCUGGCUCUGACUAACAGAGAUGAUCUGCUGAGACUCCGACCAGGAGUCUUCAUGAUUUUGGGCUGGGGGGUUCCCUUUCUGAUGGUCGGCAGUCUCCUUCUAACUGGAGAGAGGACUGAUACCAUAGACUCUGCCUUCUUCUAUGGCAGAGCUCAGAUAAUCAGUACAGCAGUGGUGCUUGCAGUCAGCUUGGUGCUCGGUGCAAUAUCUUUGAUGGGUCUCAGUCAAGGAGACAGGGAGCAGAGCGGCUACCAGGCCCUGAACAGAGCUGCUUUAAUAGGCAUCAAUGAUGAGAUGAGGACCCCUGGUGGCCUGGAGGAUUCACAACAACAACAACAGUCACAAACAGCAAAUUCACCUGUUGCCAGCAUCAACUCAGACCUCCACAGCUGUUCUCCUCUCCAGACGUUACCUGACAUGAUAGCCAGCACGCAGAGGGAGCACACAAACAGCACAGGCCACAUUGGGGGAUUGUGUGACGGUCAGCAGCAGAGUUCGUCCCCCCCUUCAGAGCAGCCGUUGAACCUGCCACCGCCUGCUGGGCUUCAACCCACCGACGACAAACAGACAGUCAGACACGUUCUGCUCUGUCUGCUGCUCAUUGUCAGCCUGCUCGCGAACCUGUCCAGCUGUUUGUGGUGGUUGUUCAACAAAGAUCCAGGAAGACUUUAUCUUGAGCUACAGUUCUUCUGUGCUGUGGCAAACUAUGGACAGGGUUUCCUGUCUUUUGGGAUCUUUGGUCUGGACAGACACCUCAUCAUCCUGCCUUUCAAGAAGAGGUUGCUCAGCUUGUGGCAUGGCCGGGACAGCGAAGAGUUGAGUCCUUCAAGUGUACCAGAGGAGGUCAGACUUACCUGUACCCAGUUUGUCCGCUACCACAAAGACCAGUGUGUACAAGAUUUAGUUCACACACGCAGGUUUGGAGGAGGAAGAGGACAGGAGGAGGAGGAGGGGAAUGAGCUUUUGAGACAUUCCCCUUCCUGUCAGUCGCAGUACCCUCUACCAAAUCAGGAUCUUCAAGCCCAGCACCUCCAGGAGCAGCUACACACCGAGACACAAGGUCUGCACCAAACUCACGAUCCGGCUGAAUCCUGCCGCCAAUGUUCUCCCCCAUCCCGACCCCGGCUGGAACCUGAGACGGAACACCAAACACAUAUUUCUAACUCUGAUAUCCCAGAAGAGCAGAUUUACCAUCUCCAGUUAUACCAAACUCAUGACCCAGCUAAUCCUCAGCACCUACACCAGCAUGGUCCCCAUUUCCAUCAACACCCACAGUCCCAAUUUGAAAGUGUAUUCCGGGGCAGUGAUUUGGUGGACUGGCUGGUGGAGCAGGGUCUGUGUGCAGGGAGAGGUGAGGCAGAGCACUACGGAGUUCAUCUUCAGCAAGGUGGGGUGUUAGAUCACUUGACAGGUCAGCAUAUGUUCAAGGAUGAAUUUACACUGCUGUACCACUUCACCCACGGGAGAGAGAGAUGGAGAGAGAGGGAGGGAGAGAGGUGCGGGGUGGUCCCAGAACAUGUGAGACGAAGCUCGGAGUUGAUAUAAAUAAGGUGGAGAGAGAAGCGGAGAAAGAUAAGACCGAAAAGGAGAGAGAGGAGGUUCCAAGCGGCAGUCACCAUGACAGGGAGUGCCAAAGAGGAAGUGCCUUAUGGUGCAGUUUUCCCCAACAACCACUAGAUACUGUCUCUAAGAAGAUUCAUUUUGUCAAAGUCAAUCAGUAGUAGUAGUAGUAUUUUUUCCAACAGGAAUCUAGCCUGUUAAUAGCUAAUUUCACCUCCUCUGUAUGUUUUUGUUGUGGCAAUUUGACACAAUUGUUCCAAUACCGUGAUAUUUAAUUGUACAUUUGAAGAUGUAUUUGCUUUGAUUGACAGGUGUCUUUGGCUAUUUAUGGUGGCUGCCUCUUGUUUGUCUGCUCAGGUCCACCCUGUUGCCCAAACUCGAAAAAUUUCUAGCUCAAACUACUGAAAAGCUUUGUUUUAAAGUCCUUUCAGAAAUGUAUGCCUGACAUGAGAUAGAUUACAUCAAAGAGAAAGAAAGUAGGCCAAGUCUUCUUGAUUCCUUUUUUUAAACUUUAUUUUUUUUCUUUUCUUCACAUGUGACGGAUAAGUGAUUUUUUGCUUUUUUUCCUUCUGUGUGGAAAAAAGUGGACUACUUCAUGACAUAUUUUCAAUGAAGGACAUAUAAGCUUUGUUUUAAGGACAAGUUGCCAUUCAUCAACCUAUCAUCCUCAAUUAUAUUUUUAUGUUGUAUUUGUGUGCUAGUAGUGAGAAGACUAAGAUUCUACCAGUGAUCUGACACUGUGGUACUGUUUGUGUGUGCCCAGCGAGCUGCAGGGUCUCUCAUUUAAAUCCUAAAGUUCGUUCUACGUUAUGUUUUGUUUCAGAUGAAAUGAAGUCAUGCUGAAUCCUGCCUGUUAUGUCAGUAUUUGAUAUUUUGCACGCUGUGUCUUUGAACCACUCUGGUCCACGUUGACUACUUGCAUGACUGAAAGCAGCACAGUCUUCAGCUCAGCACUGAAACUUUUGCACUGACUGAAAAAUUACAUUCUUCACAUUUUUAAAUUAUGCAAGUUGCUGGAUGUUUGUCUUGACAUUUUUUAUGUUUGCAUUGUGUUACUGUGCCACUGCAGUCAAUUUGAAACAUUUGUUUGGGACUGAUUGUAGUCAUGUUACUAAAUGGAUUCAUGCAGCCAUGAUGGAAACUUUUGAAAAAUCAGCCCAACCUCGUCCUGAACUCACGUUAUUUCUUUGCCAAUGAAUUAAACCUGCAGGACAACAGUGUUUUGUUUUAGGAGACUGAUGCCAAAAUCAAAAUUCAGCUUCCUGAAACAUCAAAAAGAUAAAUGUGUAGUUAAAUGAGAAAUUUAGAACACUUGAACUAAAACAUUUGAAUUGCUAAUCUUACCUUCCUACAUUUUGAUAAUACUGUUAGAGUCCUAAACUUUGAUGCAGUUUAUGUGUUCUGUAGCUGGAAAAUUUGGAUGCUGGAAAUCAUAAAAACUACUGAACUCUUUAUCAUUAAGCAGCUAUCAACACUAACUACACUACAGCUAUGAUUUGCCUGUUAAGUUGCUGCUCAUUUGUGAUAUCAUUAGUAUGAAGUUAACAUGUGUAGGUGCAGUUGUGGAAGAUGCCUGGAUAGUGAUGAUAUAUGCUGACAUUAGCACAGAUGAAGAUCAGACUAAUGUCAGACUGUGACUGCUGAUUUGAUAUCCAUGCAAAAUUUCCCAAUUGUUUAACGACCCCUAAGGGACCAUUUUACAUUCAUCUGGAUCCCUUUUUUCUCAUAUCUCACAGAAACUUAUAUGUGCAUAUAUUUCUAUCUUUGUGUCUUUUGUCAACUGGCACCACACAAGUUCAUGCAAUUCAAACAUCAGGUCGCUGUGUUUACUAACUUGUUAAAAUAUGUUUCUGUGACAGAGUGCCUGCCUCAGCCAAUGUGAAGGUGUGUGCUUGUGUGCAUGAUUAAAAAUAUAUUUGGGUCUGUGUGUGUGUGUGCGUGUGUUUGUAUGUGUGGGAAAGUACUGAGAGACAACAGGAGAGAUUUUAAGAUGUGAUAUGUGUGUUGAUAAGUAUAAAUGUGGGUAUUUUGUUUAAAGUAUGUUGCUGUAAAUGUGACCAUAAGAAAAAACACAAAUAAACUUGCAUCCA